AUGGCUAUCCACAUCACCGUUGUGCCAGCUUCAACCCAGGCUGGCAAAAGAACCAUUGCUGCGCUUCUGAGCUCUCCCACCAACCCUGUCAUUCGCGGAAUCUACCGAGAUCCAUCAAAGGCCCCGGUUGAGUUCACUGCUCAUUCCAAUUUCGAAGCUACGACUGGUGAUGUUUCCGCCGGUACAGGUCUCGACUUUACUGGCUCUGAUGCUGUCUUCUAUGUGCCACCUCCGACCUACGACGGAACUGAUUUGGCAGAGUUUGCUACCAAGGCCGCGAAUAACAUCAAGAAAGCCCUCCAAGACGCAACUUCCGUGAAGAAGUUGCUUCUCUUCUCGUCAAUGGGUGCUCAGUACGACCAUGGCAUUGGAACUCUACAAAUCAACCACAUAUCAGAUAACAUCUUAAAAGAUGCCGUCUCUGAAGUCUUGAUUGUCAAGCCCGGCUACUUCCAGGAGAACUGGGCGCAUGCAUUCCAAACAAUCCAAGCAGAUCCCCCUCUUGUGUAUUCCACCAUAACACCAGUCGACCACAAGAUUCCAAUGGUCAGCUUAAUUGACGUCGGCGAAGUCUGCGCAGAUGCGCUCCUAGACGAAGAGAAGAAGACCAGCCCCCACUUCUUUGACUUGUAUGGACCGCAGCACUACAACGCUAUGGAUGUCAAGUUGGCGGUAGAGGAGGUGACAGGGAAGAAACUGGAGAUCGCUGCUGUCCCGAAAGAUCAGCUUGCAGGGUUCUAUGCUGAGCAAAUCCCAGCUGCCCAUGUGCAAGCAUUUGUGGAUAUGACAACUGCUGCACUGCCUGGAGGCAUCAUGGCUGGCGAUUUUGGUGACCAUGAGCACACCGUCAAGGGUAAAGUGGAAUUGGUCGACGCAUUGCGCAAGCUCUAUGCUGCUGAGAACGCGACGACUUAA